GUAUCUGUGGGCAGUAUGUGUCUAUAGAAUUUGUAUUGGUUUGCUUGCUUUUUGCAGUGGGGCGUUGUAAAUCAAAACCAUUAUAAAAAAUCUAUGAAAAGAUGGGAAAUUAGCAUGGGCGUAAAUAUUAUUACAUGCUGGGCCCAAUAAUUACUAACCUGAAAACUGUUGUUGUAUUUAAGAUGUUUUAAAGUUAUUACAGCACUGUAAUCAGUAUCUGGCAUUUCAAAUUGGUUCCAAAGGAUAUCUACAGCUAAAAUUAAGUAAUGCCGGAGCAAAGUAAUGAUUAUCGUGUAGUAGUUUUUGGUGCGGGUGGUGUUGGUAAAAGUUCCCUUGUGUUACGAUUCGUAAAAGGGACAUUCAGAGAAUCAUAUAUACCAACGAUUGAGGAUACCUAUAGACAGGUAAUAAGCAGCAACAAGACAAUAUGCACAUUACAAAUAACUGAUACAACAGGAUCACAUCAGUUCCCUGCCAUGCAAAGGUUAUCAAUUAGCAAGGGACAUGCAUUUAUAUUGGUUUAUUCUGUGAGCAGUCGACAGUCAUUAGAGGAACUCAAGCCAAUAUGGCAAACCAUAAAAGAGAUUAAGGGCACAGAGCUUCCAAAUAUUCCUGUGAUGCUGGCAGGUAACAAAUGUGAUGAGAGUCCUGAGAUAAGAGAAGUAUCUGCAUCAGAAGGACAGGCCCAGGCUCAAACUUGGGGCAUUUCAUUCAUGGAAACAUCAGCUAAAACAAACCACAAUGUUACCCAACUAUUCCAGGAACUUUUGAAUAUGGAAAAGAACAGAAAUGUAUCACUUCAAGUUGAUGGGAAAGGCAAGAAAAAGAAAGAUAAAGCAACUAAAGACGGCGGAGAAGCCUCUGCAAGUGGAAGAGAGAAGUGCCGAAUCAUAAAACAAUGACGUCCUAUUUUGUCUAACACCAACACUAACAACUCCAAGGAAGUUCAAUUUGAAUGGAAUAUUGAAUAUAAAAUUGAAC